AUGCAAUUUAGUCAAACUAGCGCUGCUCAGAAGCAGAAGUUGUCGCAAAAGAACCCCGACGACGUUGUCAUUGUGGCAGCCUACAGAACCGCGAUUGGUAAAGGGUUCAAGGGCAGUUUCAGAAACGUCAGCACUGAGUUCAUCUUGACUGAGUUUUUGAAGCAGUUUUUGAAAAAAACCCAGGUUGACGCUACCUUGAUUGAAGACGUUGCCAUGGGCAACGUUUUGAACCAGGCCAUCGGCGCGAUGGAACACCGCGGUGCCGCCUUGGCUGCCGGGAUCCCUUACACGAGCGGCUUCAUUGCCGUCAACCGGUUUUGCUCCUCCGGGUUGAUGGCCAUCUCCGACAUUGCCAACAAGAUUGCCUGCGGUGAAAUCGAGUGUGGUAUCGGUGGUGGUAUCGAGUCCAUGUCGCAAUACUACAAAAACUCCAUGCCUUCGCCAGACGACCACUUGAUGGAAGACCCGGAAAUCGUCAACUGCUUGAUCCCCAUGGGGGUCACCAACGAAAACGUCGCUGAAAAAUACAACAUUUCAAGAGAAACCCAGGAUGAAUUCAGCGCCAAGUCCUACAACAAAGCCGACGCCGCUAGGUCCAAGGGCUUGUUCAAGGAUGAAAUCUUGCCAAUUAGAUCCAUUAUUAGAACAGAGGAUAAAGACGGGAAACUCGUUGAAAAAGAGAUUAUCGUGGAAAACGAUGAAGGUCCAAGAACCGGUGUCACCGCUGAAGGUUUGAGCAAAUUGAAGCCUGCAUUUGGCGGUACCACCACCGCCGGUAACGCCUCCCAGAUCAGUGACGGUGCUGCCGCCGUUUUGUUGAUGAAGAGAUCUUUGGCCGAGGCAAAGGGUUACCCAAUCCAAGCCAAGUACAUUGCUUGCAGCUCAGUUGGUGUCCCUCCAGAAAUCAUGGGUGUUGGUCCUGCUUUCGCCAUACCGGAAGUCUUGUCGAGAACAGGCUUGUCCGUCGACGAUAUCGACGUGUUUGAAAUCAACGAAGCGUUUGCUGCUCAAUGUCUCUAUAGUGCCGAACAAUGCAAUGUUCCCGCCGAAAAAUUGAACUUGAAUGGCGGUGCCAUUGCCUUGGGCCAUCCUUUGGGUGUCACUGGUGCAAGACAAUACGCAACCAUCUUGAGAUUGAUGAAACCAGGUGAUUUUGGUUUGACUUCCAUGUGUAUUGGUACUGGUAUGGGUGCCGCUUCCGUCUUGAUCAAGGAAUAA